CAAGGAACAAACCCCACCGAUAGCUUGUAAAAAAAAACACCCCACCGAUAGGGUUUAACAAGAAGGUUAGAAGGUUAGGAGAGCAGCCGCCGUCCCGGAGGCCGGAGUCCCUCGCCGCCGAGACCCGCUCCCUUCACUCCCACCAAAUCGCCCCUGCUACGACUGAAAUCCCUUUCACUCGCAACCGGCGGCGUCGUCCGGACGCGAAUCCCCUCUUGCCGGCGGCGUGGUUCGGACGCGAUUCCUCUCGCUGUGCCCGUGGUCUGUAGCAGGGGACUUGUGCGAUGGCUUUUGCUAGUAGGAUGGGGAUCGUGCUGAGGAGGGCCUCGGGGUCCUCGAAUUCGUCGCUGCUCCAGGCAGUAAGGUGCAUGUCUUCUUCCAAGCUUUUUGUUGGAGGACUAUCGUAUGCCACAGAUGACCCAACUCUGAGGGAUGCCUUUUCUGGCUAUGGGGACGUCCUUGAAGCUAGAAUCAUCAUGGACAGAGAGUCUGGCAGGUCAAAGGGUUUUGGAUUUGUUACUUACGCAUCCACCGAAGCUGCCGCGGCUGCCAUUAGUGCUAUGGAUGGCAAGGACCUUCACGGAAGAAUGAUAAAGGUAGACUAUGCCAGUGACCGUGCUGGUGGGACACGUGGAGGUGGAUAUGGCACUGGUAAUUACGGAAGUGGCGGAUAUGGCGGCGCGGGAUUUGGAAGCGGCGGCAGUGGAUAUGCUGGCAAUGGUGGUGGUUACGGAAGUGGCGGAUAUGGCAGCAUGGGAUAUGGAAGUGGUGGUGGUGGUGGAUAUGCGGGCAAUGCUGCUGAUUAUGGAAGUGCAGGGCAUGCCAGUGGUGGUGGAUAUGGUAAUGCGGGAUAUGGUGGUUACAGUAGUGCUGCAGGUGGUGGCGAGUAUUCUAGCAUCAACAACAAUGCUGUUGCUGGUGGCCAUGGCGGCGGUGAUGGAAGCCACAAUAAUGCCAGCACUUCGGGCGGAAGUGCUGGUAGCUAUGGCGGUGGUGGCGAAAUCUACAAUAAUGUCAGUAACUCUGGUGGAAGUGCUGGUGGCUAUGGCGGCAGUGGCGGAAGCUACAAUAAUGCCAGCAACUCGGGCGGUAGUGCUGGUAGCUAUGGCAGCGGUGGCGGAAUCUACAAUAAUGCCAGCAACUCGGGUGGAAGUGCUGGUGGCUACGGCGGCGGUGGCGGAAGCUACAAUAAUGCCAGCAACUUGGGUGGAAGUGCUGGUGGCUACGGCGGCGGUGGCGGAAGCUACAAUAAUGCCAGCAACUCGGGUGGAAGCGCUGGUGGCUACGGCGGCGGUGGCGGAAGCUACAAUAAUGCCAGCAACUCGGGUGGAAGCGCUGGUGGCUACGGCGGCGGUGGCGGAAGCUACAAUAAUGCCAGCAACUCGGGUGGAAGUGCUGGUGGCUACGGCGGCGGUGGCGGAAGCUACAAUAAUGCCAGCAACUCAGGUGGAAGUGCUGGUGGCUACGGCGGCGGUGGCGGAAGCUACAAUAAUGCCAGCAACUCGGGUGGACGUGCUGGUGGCUACGGCGGCGGUGGCGGAAGCUACAAUAAUGCCAGCAAUUCGGGUGGAGGUGCUGGUAGCUACGGCAGCGCUGGUGGGUACAGUUCCCCCAACACCUAUGGCGCGGGCAACUACAACAGCGGAGCUGGCGGCAAUGCAGUCUUCGGCGAAAAGGCAGGCAGUUUCAGUAGUGGGUAUUCUGCUGUUGCUGGUGGGAACAAUUUCCCCAACACGUAUGGUGCCGGCAACUACAACAGCGGAGCUGGCGGCAAUGCAGUCCUCGGUGAAAAGACCAGCAGUUUCAGCAGUGGGUAUUCUGCUGUUGCUGGUGGCAACAACGGCAGCGCUGGUGGGAACAAUUUCCCCAACACGUAUGGCGCGGGCAACUACAACAGCGGAGCUGGCGGCAAUGCAGUCCUCGGUGAAAAGACCGGCAGUUUCAGCAGUGGGCAUCCUGCUGUUGCUGGUGGCAACAACGGCAGUGCUGGUGGGAACAAUUCCCCCAACGCCUAUUGUGCCGGCAACUACAACAGCGGAGCUGGCGGCAAUGCAGUCCUCGGUGAAAAGACAGGCAGUUUCAGCAGUGGGCAUCCUGCUGUUGCUGGUGGCAACAACGGCAGUGCUGGUGGGAACAAUUCCCCCAACACCUAUGGUGCCGGCAACUUCAACAGCGGAGCUGGCGGCAAUGUAGUCUUCGGCGAGAAGACCGGCAGUUUCAGCAGUGGGAAUUCUGCUGUUGCUGGUGGCAACAACGGCGGCUACAGCGCUGGUGGGUACAAUUCCCCCAACACCUUUGGUGCAGGAAACUACAACAGCGGAGCUGGCAACAAUGCAGUCUUGGGCGGAAGCACUGGCUGUUUCAGCAGCGGGCAUUCUGCUGUUGCUGGUGGCAACAACGGCGGCUACAGCGCUGGUGGGUACAAUGCCCCCAACACCUUUGGUGCCGGAAACUAUAACAGCGGAGCUGGCGACAAUGCAGUCUUGGGUGGAAGCACUGGCAGUUUCAGCAGCGGGCAUUCUGCCGUUGCUGGUGGCAACAACGGCGGCAACUUUGCUGGAAAUGUUGGCAGCAUCGGCAACUUUACUGGCAGCCGCAAUGGCAGCAGCUAUGCUGGAGAAUUUGGCGGCGCUGAGGUCCUUGGAGCUAGCAAGGUGCAGUACAACGGCCAAGACGACCUGCUGGGUGCUGACUACUUCUCUGAGUCGGAGGACCGUCAUGCGGGCAGGUCAGCGUAAGUUUACAGCGUCGCGGAACAUCUUGAGAGGCAAAGGUAAAAAUAAUGAAUGCCCGGCGGGUGCUUUUUGUUAGAGAAAACCCAAAGCUUGAUGAUGCAUCUGGGGUAGGUUAUUAGGUAAAGAAGAAGUGUUUGGUUAUUCUGCUUUGGUUUUGCAUGCUAUUUUGAGACGAGAACGGUCAUGGUGAUGCUUCUGGCCAUCGAUUACUGUUUU